CGGGGCUCGCGCGGUCCCGAGCCCGGGCGGGCGACGCUGGUGGCGGAGCCGCGGCCCAUGGAGCCCCCCGGCCCGGCCCCCGGCCGCCUCGGGCCGCUGCUCUGCCUGCUGCUCGCCUCGUCCUGCGCCUGGUCAGGAGCAGCCGCACAGGAGGAGCUGCAGGUGAUUCAGCCUGACAAGUCAGUGUCUGUCGCUGCUGGAGAGACGGCCACUCUGCGCUGCACUGUGACCUCCCUGCUCCCUGUGGGGACCAUCCAGUGGUUCAGGGGGGAAGGACCAGGCCGGGAAUUGAUCUUCCGUCAGAAAGGAGGCCACUUCUCCCGCGUCACACUACUUUCAGAUGGCACACAGAGGGACAACAUGGACUUCUCCAUUCUCAUCAGUAAUGUCACCCCAGCAGACGCUGGCACCUACUACUGCGUGAAGUUCCGGAAAGCCGGUGGCUCUGAAGACACGGAGUUUAAGUCUGGACCAGGCACUGAGCUGUCUGUGCGUGCCAGACCCUCUCCUCCUAUGGUAUCAGGCCGGGCCAGGGCUGCACCUGGGCAGACAGUGAGCUUCACCUGCAAGUCCCACGGCUUCUCCCCCCGGAACAUCACCCUGAAGUGGUUCAAAAAUGGGAACGUGCUCUCCAACUUCCAGACCAAUGUGGAUCCCACAGGAGAGAGCGUCUCCUACCGCAUCUCCAGCACAGCCCAGGUGGCACUGGACCCUGGAGACGUCCGCUCUCAGGUCAUCUGUGAGGUGGCCCACGUCACUUUACAGGGGGCUCCUCUUCGUGGGACUGCCAACUUGUCUGACACCAUCCGAGUUCCACCCACCUUGGAGGUCACCCAACAGCCCAGGAUGACAGGCAACCAGGUGAACCUCACCUGCCAGGUGAAGAAGUUCUACCCCCAGAUCCUGCAGCUCACCUGGUUAGAGAACGGAAACGUGUCCCGGACAGAAACGGCCUCAACCCUCACAGAGAACAAGGAUGGGACUUACAACCAGACCAGCUGGCUCCUGGUCAACUCAUCUGCCCAUAGGGAGAGCGUGGUGUUCACCUGCCAGGUGGAGCAUGACGGGCAGCCGGCGGCCACUGGAAACCUUACUCUGGAGGUCGCUGCUGAGCAAAAGGAGCAGGGCACCGAUAGCACCCCUGGUGAGAAGAACAGCUGGAAUAACAGUGUCUUCAUUGUGGUGGGUGUGUGUGCCCUACUGGUGGUCCUGUUGAUGGCAGUCCUCUACCUCCUCAGAAUCAGACAGAAGAAAGCCAAGGGGUCCACUUCUUCCACAAGGUUGCAUGAGCCAGAGAAGAAUGCCAGAGAAAUAACCCAGGUACAGUCUUUGAUCCAGGACACAAAUGACAUCAAUGAUAUCACAUAUGCAGACCUGAAUCUGCCCAAGGAGAAGAAGUCUGUCCCCCGGGCUGCUGAGCCCAACAACCACACUGAGUAUGCCAGCAUUCAGACUGGCCCGCCACCUAAGCCAGAGGAUACCCUCACCUAUGCCGACCUGGACAUGGUCCACCUCAACCGGGUCCCCAAGCAGCCAGCCCCCAAGCCUGAACCAUCCUUUUCAGAGUAUGCCAGUGUCCAAGUCCAGAGGAAGUGAAUGGGAUUGCGUCGGUUCUAGGGCCUGUCCCCACAAGUUGUCUUGUUCCACAUGGAGUGGCCGUGAUGAGGACAGCCAGCCCAAUUUCUGGAGGGCUGGGUGUGCAGGUCCUGGGACCAGGAGUGAGGGUGGCUCUUGUCUGCCAACCCCCUCCCCUUGGCUGUCCAGCAUUUCCAGGCCAGCCCCGGCCCCUGCCAUUCCACCUUGCUCCACAUCUGGAGGCUGGAGUUGCCAAACCAGCUGGGGAACUGGUCAGAGCCUCCUGGAGUCUAUGAACUGUUGUGCCUCUGACCAUCAUGCACAGGUCUGGGUCAUGGUCUUGGAGACCCUGGGCCACAUCCUUGAUGUUCCAGAACCUGAUCUUCCAGGGUGAAGAGGAAAUUCCACCUCCUGCUACCACCUCCACCCAACUAGGGCUUUGGGGAAAUGUCCCUUUUAGAUCAAACUGCCCCAUCCAUGGAGAAGCUGGAAAAAACUGAGAACUGCGUCCCAAGACUGGGUGAGGUUGCUGUCAACAUCCCUGAUGUCCCCACUCCCUGAACUGACAAGCCACAAGCCCUAGGGGAGGAGGGGACCCUCUUCCUUGGGCCAGCCAAGACUCCUAGGACACCAUCAGUCCUACUGGGCCACCCCCCACCUCUCCUUUCUAGACCCAAGCUUGCUUCCUCCAGCUAGCACUAACUCAGCAGCACCCAUGGACGCCUGUAAAUUAUUGAGAAAUGUGAACUGUGCAAUCUUGAAGCCGAGGUGUUAGAAAACUUGAUCUGUGGUGUUUUGUUUUGAUUUGUUUUUUUCUUAAAACAACAGCAACGUUCUCUUG